UAAAAUAAACUGACCAGACCUCCCUGUGUUUAACACACCUUCCAGCCAAUCACAAUCGAGUAUUCGGACAGACCAUGGUAUAAAUAAUAUAUACGCAACAGUUAUAUCAGUCCACUAAUUUGAUUGGUUGAACAAUGUUCCAAGCGCGCCUAUAUUUCAUAUAACCGCACUGGUGAGUUUCACUGUGCGUCUCACUCCGCUCCUCUGAGUUCACCAUGUAAAAAUCUACUUCCUAGUUCGAAACUGUUACUACAAUUGUGUUAACGACAUCAUCAGUGGGCAUGGCAAAUGAAAGUUUUCAGGAACGUAACUUUUGACUUAAAAUGUGAAAGCUUGUCAGAUGAAGAUGGAAAGGAAGAAGGGACCCAGCUGUGCCAGAAGCACCUUUUUAACGGGAAUGUACAAAUCAACGUGAGGUAGCUAGUCAGCUAGCCGACAUGCUAUAAAGAAUGCGCACAUCACUACGCGCGCUCUCGCUCGUGAACGCGCCUACGUAACGGUAAAGGAAACGAGGGAGCGAAUCGCAUGAAGGGAGUCUACACAGCGAUUUGGAACAGAAGGAGACGUUAGUUAAAUAAGCCCCUCCCCCUGGAAACAGCUUCACCCCUGCCGAGCGAGGAAUCUUGGGCCGCGUCCUAAACUGCAUACUAACGCAAUAAAGAGUGUGUCCACGGCGCAGGAAACCGUUUUCCGAUAACGUUAUCUUCUCGUUCAGGCACACUGACCUGAACACGGGGCUGACACCGGAAAGGAAGAAGCCUCAGGAUUAUCGCCCCCGCCCCUGUAAGACAUCUUUAAAGUUAAAGAGCAGGAUUGUGGCAGACAUGUUCUCCACCGAGACACACUAAAGCCAGGGAAGGAUUCACGUCUGAAAGAGAAUGCUGCUUUAGAAAAACACACUCCCUAUGGAACAGGAUAAACACAAGAUGAAAAAUGAGCUUGGAGUGUUCUUUACAACAGUGACUUAAUGCCUUCUGAGGUGGAUUCUUCUACUCUGACACUAGGAACUGCAUCAAUGUUCCACCUGAGCAUCAGGCUCACAGAAAUGCCAUGCACGCCGUUCCUGAGAAGAGCAAAUAUUUCCAGUCAGAGAAUGGCCCUACUCAGAAAGACAGAACUUGACCAGCAGUCUUGGCAACCAACAGAGCGAGAGAUGAUGACCAGUUGACAUCCAGAGCCACAGACAUCUACAGCUGUUUUCAGCCUCUGUACUUCUGCAUGAUGAGCAUCACUGGAGGAACACUGUGCAUCCUCUAGCACUCUACGCUGGUCCCUUCAUUCCGUCUCUACAGGUUGCCUGGGGACGGGCAUGAAGAAAACAGCGCAGUGGUCCGGGGAAGAGGUCACCAUUGAGCUGCGCAUGGAGACUCAUGUGAAUGGCCAUGCUAACGGCCAUGCUGCCGGCGACAAGAGUAAGACUACGUGUAACGUCUUGGUCAACGGUUUUCAUAAGGAAGUUGUGCGAAUUCCAAUCCCUGGCCCACCUAGCUCUUCAUUUCCCACUGAGUGGGGCAAAACUGCCGUGGCCUUGUUAUAUGCCAUCUGCUGCUUUAUUUUAACCACCGUAAUGAUCGCUGUAGUCCAUGAGCGUGUGCCUCCCAAGGAGGUGAGCCCUCCAUUGCCUGAUAAGUUCUUUGACUUUUUUGACCGUGUAGAGUGGGCUUUUACCGUGUGUGAGAUUAAUGGGAUGAUUCUGGUCAUCUUAUGGAUCGUACAGUGGAGUCUCUUGAAACACAAGUCUAUUGUUGGUCGGCGGUUCUUGUUCAUUGUAGGGACGCUGUACCUGUACCGGUGCAUCACCAUGUACAUCACUACCCUGCCUGUUCCAGGGAUGCACUUUAAGUGUUCAGCUAAGCUGCAUGGAGAAUGGCAGUCCCAGAUGUGGCGGGUGAUGAAGAUGCUUGCCGGUGGAGGUUUAACCAUCACUGGUUCUCAUCACAUGUGCGGGGACUACCUGUACAGCGGCCACACGGUCAUGCUGACCCUCACCUAUCUCUUCAUUAAAGAGUACUCUCCUAGACGCUUCUGGUGCCAUCACUGGGGGUGUGGGACGCUCUGCGCUGUUGGCGUGUUCUGCAUCCUUCUUGCUCAUGAUCACUACACCAUAGAUGUAGUCGUUGCCUACUUCAUCACCACACGCCUCUUCUGGUGGUACCACACUAUGGCUAACCAGUCAGACCUGAAGGCAGCGUCUCAGAGCAACUUCCUGUCACGCGUGUGGUGGUAUUGGGUUUUCCAGUACCUGGAGCGAAACGUGCAAGGUGUUGUCCCUCGCAGUUACCACAUCCCCUUCUCAUGGCGAUCAAUACAGUGGGGCACAGUGAAGUACAGCAGGAUUGACUCUGACUGAUCGUUAAUGCUCAAUCUGAAGAGCGAGACUCUCAAAGACUAGCCGUAAGUGCCAGGUCAUGUGACAAAGAAAGUCAAUCCCUUUAGCACUCAGCUGCAAGGCGCACUGGUCUUUCAGACUGUCCAAAGCAUUUCAUUCUCACCCACUAAAUGCAUUCUCUCCACAUUUCAGCCCUGAUGUAUUAUGUCAUGCGUGGUGUGUAAUACACAGGGCCAGAGCGAAUAAUGAUUGCCUUUAGCACCUGCCAAAAUUGUCACUUGGUAAUGUGAUCUUUAACAUAUCGCUAAUUUGGUAGAUGUUCUGCCUCUAUCCGUUACUUGAACAUGCAGUAGUGUGAACCAGAUACAGAUAUUUCCAUUUGCUUUGAGACUGAGCCAGUUUGCCAUGUUUGAUGACCAAUCUACUUGACCGAGUGGAAUUUAAAGUUUACCCCAGUCAGUGGGUUUUUUCCAGACUGUUUGCUUCACCCAAGUGUAGAAAUGUCCCUUUAACUGAAAACCCUGAAGUUUAUUUUAUUUUAUUUUUAGAAAAAAUGACUUGCAGGAAAGGAGACGUUUGAAGAGAAGUGCAGUUUUGUAGCUAUUCAGUUAAACACAAAAUUUGCAAAUGUCCAUUCUAUUAGAAUAGCGAUUUAUUUUUCAGAGUAAACCUGUCACAUUUUUUACAUGGAGAGCAAAAGGAGAAAAAAAAGACUGUUUUUGGUGAUACAAACUUCCUCAGUGCCUUUCUUACCAGGAUUUUAUGGUCUGUGUGUGUGUGGUGUUUUUUUUUUUGGUUUUUUUUUUCUUUUUUUUUUUGGUUUUUUUUUAACUUGUGGUCUCGGUGGUACAUUAAUGUUGAUAAAACCCCUUAAAUCAAGGCAGAAAUAUCUGGCAGUACAUGAAGUAUGAAAAGUUCAGCAGUUUUUAAAUGCUAGAACAACUUCCUUGCAUAGCAUUUUAGGUUGAAGGUAUUUUGUGUAAAAAUAUGAAAGGAAACACGAGAAGUAGUAAAUGGCUAUUGCUGGUAGAAAAUGAUGGUAAGUGUAAAGGCAUUAAUAGAUGUUAAGAUUAUUUGGUAAAUUGGUAUUGCUGCUAGGAAGUAGUGUCUACUUUCAUUGUUUGCUUAGACCUACAAUUUACGUUCACAACAGUUGUACGCAGGCAUGCAGAUAGGUCUAUAAGAUAAAUAUAAAAUGAUUAAGAUGUACUAUCUUUUUACUGUCCUCGUUUAUACCAGCAAAGUAUAUUUGGUUUUAGGAAAUACCCAAGACUUAGCAUGCUCUAUAAGGACAUUUUACCAAAUUUGUCUUUUUUUAACCAGUAAUGACCACCAAGUCAAUGUCCAUAAUCAGUUUUGAUAAUGUUUGUUUAUUUGUUUGUUUGUUGUAUUAAAUUUAUUUAUUACCAUUUCUCUAGAAGUACUCCACUCAAUGGAAUAUGGGAACACAUUUCAUGUCAUGUUGUUUUGUCUAAGACAAAGGUGUCUUUGGUUCUGCUUUAAUUCCCUUCUAUUGGACAGGAGAGUAGUUUGAGUGUCUAUGUGCAUUGAUUGCUGGGAGUGUGUUUGAUCAUGUCUACCAUGUUCAAUGUGAUUAAUGAGCAGGUUCAUACUUUGUUCAUAAGCUGAUAACAAUGAGCUGUUCUGUACAACACAUGAUGAAAAAAGCUGCUAACACUUUCACAUUUUUUUGUUAAAUAAAUGACAACCAUUAGCACAUAACUAAAAUGAUUUAGAAGUUGUGGUUUUUAUUUCACAACGCAUGCUGUCUGUUUGCUCAUGAAUGCACAUCUCUGAACCCGCAGUGCCUUUUAAAAGAUUUUGGAUUUAAAUAUGAAUGAGGCAAUAAUAUUUAUUGACUGAUCAGUAUACUUAAACAUUUUAUCAAAUACAACCUCAGUUCAGGUACAUGCAACUAACAAAUUAAAGGAAAACCAGUGUGAAGUGUGCUAGUAUGGUGUUGAGCCACAAGAACAUCUUCAAUGCGCCAUAACACACAUUCUCCUUGUCUCUGCAACGCUAUUGGACAGAUGAACACAAUUCGUCCAAAAGAAAUUCCCUCAGUUGGUGUUUUGAUGAUGGUGGUGGAGCACUGUCUAAUACAUCACCCGAAAAUCUCCCAUAGAUAUUCAGUUGGGUUGAGAUCUGAUGCCAUCUGAAGGCCAUAACAUACGAUUUACAUAAUUUUCAUCUUUAUCAAACCAUUCGGUUAGCCCUCAUGCCCUGUAGAUUGGUGAGGAGACCACUCCCAUCAGGAUAUAAAUGUCAAUAAUUUGUCGAGCUACACAUUCUACUCCUGAGAUACUAGUGAUCCUGACCCCUUCUGCUCUCCAGGCCUGCCCGAUCCAUCCUGAUGCCCUACUUCUGGUUGGAGUUCUCAUUAGUUGGAAAUCUCUCGAUACUACUGAUGAUGACUCCAUAUGGACAGCCUAAAGAUCAUUAGGAUUACUGAGGAUGGUACCACUUAAAUGAUGAUGGCUUAGGACUACAAUUGCUAUGAUAAAUUUAGGACUGCAAUUGUCAUGAACAGUUUUGCAAGUUCAAGAAAACAGACUUCAUGUGAAAACUGUAAUGAAUGUCCUGUUUACACAACUGCACUAUUUGGCCAUACAGUUAUAGAAGGGAUUUAUUUAUAAUUACACUGCCCGUAGUCACAAAGAUGAGGAUGGGUUCCCUUUUGAGUCUGGUUCCUCUCAAAGUUUCUUCCUCAUAUUGUCUCGGAGUUUUUCCUUGCCUAUAUUGGCUAUAAAUUCAUGCAUUUAAAAUUUAUGUCCUGAAUUUAAAUAUUUCUGUAAAGCUGCUUUGGGACAAUGUCCAUUGUUGAAAGCACUAUACGAAUAAAACUGAAUUUAAUUGAAUUUCAUCAUAGGAUAAAGGUGAUCAGUCAGAAGAACUCUGUACUAAUUUGCAAGGAUGCUUUCCUCUAUGUGGACAAGUGGACCCAAGCCAUGCUAGCAAAAUGUCUCACACAGUAUAACAACACCAUUUUCCUACAACUUGUCACCUCAUUGUACCUAGAGGAUAUUUCAUUUGGCCUUCAUCAGUUCUUUCCACAGUUUUAAGCCCAAGUCCCAGCAUCUUUAUUGGCAGGAAAAACAGCAGAACAGCAAAACACUAGGAGGCAGCACACAGUAGCAGACUGGCAAGUGGAAAGAAGAGAACAAGAUCCAUGAGACCAGGAGAGCAAUCCUCAUGUCAUCUCUGCAGCGCUCUAGUUUGUAAUUAAGUGUGCUAAAACUAACUUGAUGUAUGCCACUACCAGAUAUCUUUGCUGCUGGGACAACAGAAGUAUUUCUUAAAUAAAUCUGAAGAAUUUAUAAGUUGUUGUUUUGCUGUAAAAGACUGGUUGGCAAAAGUUCAUGCAAAAAUCCAAAAAUGGUUUAACAUUACCCACUGGAAAAGGCGGAGAACAUCUACCCUUCUAUUCUUCAUAGAAUCCAAGUUUAUUCACUGUUAGCAAAAAAAAAAAAAAGUUCACAUAACACACAUUGUUUCUCUGGGGGAAGCCUUAAAGGUUCUCUGUAGAACACAAAACAGAGGGGUGCCUAUUAUAAAGCUAGAGCUAUUAACUAUUCAAUGACGUCUUUUUAAAGAGAUUGCUUUACAUACCUUAAACUAUCAGAAGAAUACAUUUCUUAGAUACACUUAUCUUUGAUAAAUUUAAUCUAGUAACUGCAUGUUCAAUACUUGUUCAAUGGACAAAAGUUAUGCUUUUUUUUUAAAGAUAGGUUUUUUUAAAAAAUAUAUAAAUAAACUAUAAGAGGGUUUAUUAAUGAUUUUAUCAUGGGUAAGGG